AUGUCUUCAUCAGAAAGUUCAUCGCCAAACCACACACCACAGCCUCGCAUGGUCGUGCACAAUCUCUACAUUCCCGAUUCAGCCGCCGAUGAGAUCGACCUCAACAACCAACCUUGGAUGAUGGCCACCGUCAUUGAUGACGACGAUUUGAUGUUUGGUGGGAAGCCAUUGUGCGCGUGGUAUGAGGAGGACAGGCGCAUGCUCAGUUCAGCCAUGGACGAAGAAGAAACAAGGGGCCGUCAACGCGAACGGUCCCGCGCCGACAGCCACGACCACCACCAGCCGCAACAUCAUGAACAACAACGUCAACAACAACAACAUAACCACCAACACGAUUGCCAUCGCAGCAAGAAGGCGACGAAUACGCGACAGUGA